UCGGCAUUAUUUAAUUUCCAAAGUUUGCUACUUGUGAUUUUAUUAGCCAUUUGUACCUGUACUUUUGUUAAAGCUCAAGCGCCUACUCUUCUCGAUAGAAAUAAGACUGGAAUACUGGGUUUAUUUUGGAAGGCUGCAAGAAUUGGAGAGCGGUUGAGUCCAUAUGUCUCAUUGGCCUGUAUUGCCAUGGCAAUUAGUAUACUUUUGGAAUAA